UCCUUGGGGUCAUGAGUUCCCUCCAGCCACAUCCAAACUUGAGAUCAGUGAGGAAAGAUGUGCAGGGAGGGCAGAAGGAACCCGAGGGGGGGAAACCCAGCCCCCGAGCAGGAAGCAGAGCAGCUCCCAGCUGAACUCUCCUUGCCAGGAGACCCAGGACAAGGACUUGCUGCUGGUCCGGGCUGGCAUUGGGGCAGUCACUUUUUUUCUUCCAUUUUCCUUCUCCCUCUGUCUCACCAUGCUCCUGGUCGGUACGUGCAGGUGUCCUGCCACUGGCUGCCCAAGGUUGACCCGCAUUGGCUGCAGGUUGGAUCUCUCCACGCGAUGCAAGUGCUGUCUUCUAUUCUGGUCAGGCUUUCACAGACCAGAUGUAAGCCAGGAAUGCUAGAAAUGUCCAUGAACCAGGAAAGAAGGAAAUAGAGUAGUCUGUUGAAAGCAUAAAACCUGGGAUAGAAACCAUCCUGGCAGUAGUAUUGCGCAGAGUCCGUCUCCUGUGGUUGCUGGAGAACUUCCACGGGUCCACAGACGUGCUCUCUGGGGCGUUACUCCUUCAGGGAGUUCAUUACUGCCCUGUAGAUUUUAGCACUUGUUGCAAGGCUCUGAAACAUUUCAAAGGCAAAUCAAGAGGCGUUUGACUCUUCUGUCGGCACGCACCAAGUGUUCCCACUUGCACUCUGACACCUGGUUUUCCGUGGGAUGGAAGUUGUGCCCAGCCCCUAGCCCCACAUCCUACCUGCACGCCUGAGCCUGUGCCACAGGUCACUGGAGGUAAGAUGAAGAGACCGGGUUUGUCACCCCUGACUCACCUGCCUCGUCGCAUCUUGUGUAUGUGUGUCUCUUGGCGUCAGAACUAUAACACGAGCUGCUGUCUUAACCCAGCUCUGUCUGCUGGUUUCUCUCUCCACAGCCUGGCAUGGGGCUCUUUCACCUGCUGCAUGGCGGCCUCCGUUACUACCUUGAACUCUUACACUAAGACUGUCAUUGAGUUCAGACACAAGCGCAAAAUCUUUGAGCAGGGCUUUCGAGAAGAGCAGAACUUCCUAGACCAGGAAGCCAUCAAGUACUUCAGAGAAAGGGCUUCACAACACCCAGCUCUAAAUGUCACUAGCACGCAGAGGAACAGGAGUGACCAUAAUGCUCAGAAAAUACCCCCAUUUGCUACGUCAAGCUCUUCCAGCGACACAUCAAGCAGCUCUUCACUUUCAUCGGAACCGACCAGCCAGAUCUCCAUGGUUCAGGAUCAAACCCUGCUGGACAUUGCCUCCAUCACUAGAUUGGCCCCAGGAGAAUCACCAAACCCUCAACCAUUUGAGCAAAGAGUUAAAAAUUUAGCAAUAUCGUGUUCCAGCCCACUCGGAACAAGGACUAUUCCAGCAUCUUGCCCAGCCACCCCCAGGCUCAGUCUAACACACAGCUCAGCCAAGCCACAGCAAUACUCUGACUCCUCCGCAGUCAGUCCAGGGAUCAAUGCAACUUCCUUCUACACCUUUUGUCCUUACACAGCACAACACGUACAAGCUUCAGCAUCAGAUCACACACUGACCCCAAACAGGAAAAGCACAAGGCCUCCAGCAACAAUGACUCCUGAAGAGAGAUCCCAGUCUCCUGGCUAUUCUAAAACUGGAUUAAAGAAUACAGGAAAGGGGUUUGAGUCAGAUCUGGAAGAUCCUGAUCACGAAAGGAGAUGUGUAACCAUGAAGGAAUUCCAAGCCAUGGAGAAAGAACUAGAGGAUGUAAAAGAAGAACUGAAAUGCCUGAAGUGGAAAGUGAGACACAUCGGUGAGACUGUGCAGCCCCUGGCCGAGGACAGGAAGCGUUACAACGGUUAUACCCUGAGGGAGCUCAAGGCAAUGGUGCAGUUUGAAGAUGACCCUUACAAGGCUGCAGACACAAUCCUCACUGCGCUCUUCAGCGAUGUCUACUUGCUACAGCACUCAGUCACGGAACAGGCCUGCAACUCCCCUUCUCUGCCCAAGCUCAAAAUAGACCCAGAGCUGUACACGGUGUACUGUGACAUUCUGAAAAACAUAUUCCCUGGAAUUAGCAGCCAGACCUUGAGGGAAGAGACACAACACGUGCAGAAAAGCACCCAGAAAGAAGUGCAAUAACACCAGAGCCCACAAGAUGUUCUGCAAAAUGAGAAGUCUCCAAUGGUUUUAGAGGAUUGGACUGUGGUAGGUAUCGUUGGUUGAGUCUAUCCCUUUUAGGUAUGAACCAUCUAUAGAGAUAUUGGUGAGCUCUGAGCCCUUCAUGCCACUUGCCCAAUGAGACUGGGUGGGAAGGCAUUCUGCAUACUUCCCACAUUUUAGAAAAAAAAUUGCCCGCUUAGUGUCUCUUUCAAUAUAUGGACGUUUCCUUGUUUCCAGCAACUACAAACGGUGACAAAAAAGAAUCCAGAGAAGGCAUUGUCGAUCCAAGCAAGGGCCUUCUCCCCGCCCCAAACACACCAACCCACCAGCAUCUGGGUAGUUUCUAUUUUCUAGAGUAUAUCAUUCAUUAAAUAACAUUACUUGUUAGAAAAUUGUGCCUGGUUUUUUUUUUUGGUCAAAAAAAAUGCUUUGUACAUCAAAUCAAUCAACAA